AUGCCUUUUAUUUCAUAGAAUGGAUUGGAAAAUCUAAAAAAAUAUAAAUACGUAUCAGGUGGAUAUUCUUAUUUAGAUAAUAAGAUUAAUCCAUUUUGGGUAUUUAUAAGUGAACUCUAUCCUACUGUAAAUAUUACUAAAAUCAAUUAUAGUGGCUUGCUCCAAAUCUAAUAACAUUUAUUGGAUUUCUAAUAAUGAUUCUAGCAUGUAUAUUUUAAGUUUUUGCUGAUAUGACAUUAACUAAAGAAAUACCAACUUGGACAUUUUAUUUUAUGGCAUUUGCUAUCUUUGCAUAUUAAACUCUUGAUGCAACAGAUGGUAAAUAAGCCAGAAGAACAUAAUCAUCAUCACCAUUGGGUUAAUUAUUUGAUCAUGGUUGUGAUUCAUUUAUUAUGCAAUUCUUCAUUAUUGGAGCUGCUUAAGCAACUUAAAUGGAUAGAGACACACUAUUUUAUUUUUAAUUCUUUUGUUAGAUUGGAUUAUGGGCUAUUAAUUAGAAAGAGUAUUAUACUGGAGUAUUGCAUACUCAUUUAGCUAAUUUUGGUGUUACAGAAUUAGAAUUAGUAGCCAUUUCAGUUUAAUUAGUAACAUUUUAUUAUAUAUCAUCUAGGUUUCUGCUAUUUUUGGAUAAAAUGCUUGGCAUAACUAAUUAUUUGGAUUUAAUCUCUAUAAAAUAGUAAUUACUAUCAUUUUAAUUGCUGCCAUUAUAUCUGAUAUUUUUUUGUUUUUCUCUAAUAUUUUCAAGUCUAAAAAACCUAUUAGAGUAUUUUGUGAAUGGAUACCUUUAUUUGUACUUUGGACACUUUGUAAUAUUUAUUAAUUAUCACUAAGAAUUUGUAUGGUUUUCUUCUCCAAUAUAUAGUCAACUUGCUGGACCACUUUUAAUUAAUUUUGGAAUCAUUUUAUCUUCAAUUGUCUGUAAAACUAUUGUUUGUUCUACAACUAAAGUAAAUAUAUCAUCUCUUAACUUAGGAUUAAACUCCUCUAUUCCAUUUAGAAAUGUUACCCUUCAUUGUAAUCAGUUUAUUAACCUUUUUUAUUCCAUUCAGUUUAGAAAACUUAAAAAUAUUGUUUUGGAUACAAUUCAUUUUGACCAUUGUUCUGACUCUCUUAUUUAUUAAGAAUGUAAUCAAUUAAAUUACAACUUACCUUAAUAUAAAUUGUUUCACUAUCAAAAAGAAACAAAAUUGA